ACGGGACUUCCUGAAGCUGCUCUUCUUUCACUUUUCAUUUAUUUACAGUUCCUUCAGCUUGAGAAGAAAACAGACGUUUCACUCAGCAGUGACCAGUUAAAAGACGGAGAGAAAAAGACAGAAACACAGAGAAAGUGUGUAAUAAACUCCUGUUUUCCUGUGUUUUCAGGAUCAAAUUAUGGCUUCCCUUGAUGCAUCUAGCAAUAUAACAGAAGCGGAGGACGCAGCUCGACUGCUGAGUGAAGCAAUCAAUUCGAGAGAUAAAGAGGAGGCAAGCAAAUGCCUGGAUCGACUUUUGGAUCUGAAACUCCCUGUGUGUGUUAAAAUAAGUCCAGAAGUGUACUCGCAAGACACCAUCAGGCUGAGAGUAGGGGUGGCGGACAUCAUGUCAGAUGCCUACAGCCCAAUAACAAUAAUGGUACCUGUUUACAUGACUAUAUCAGAGUUGAAAGAAAAGAUCAAUCAAGACUACGGAUUCCACCCGGCCGUCCAACGUUGGGUGAUCGGGAAGCGUCUCGCCCAGGAAAAAGAGACUCUGUUCUAUUAUGGGAUCAGAAAACAUGACGACUCUGCCUUUUUGUUCAUCCUUACGGCCCGGGCCGCCCAUCUGAGUCGUGAGCAGGAAAGAAAAGAGAAAGAGGAUAAACGAAUGGAUGGUAUAAUUGAGAACAUGGAUGUCAUAGAGUGUCCAGCCCCAUGCUCUCCGGUUCUGGUUGCCAGAGGAAAUGAUCUUCCUCAUCCUCCUCUUUCUCCCAAACCUCAGCCUCGUUGGUCAUGUCCGGAGUGCACGUUCCUGAAUAAACCGACACGUCCUGGAUGUGAGAUGUGCAGCACAGCGAGACCUGAGAAUUACAAAGUACCAGAUCUGUACCAGCCAGAUGAGGAAGAAAGCAGAAGACUUCAACAGGAGGAACUCGCUAGUAUGCAGUACCAGCAGACUCUUCUGGAAGAACAGAAGAGGAAUUUCCAAGAACUCUUGGAAACGGAUUCCCACAGCCUGGUGGAGAAUGUGGAUGAGUUGGACUGCGCAAUCUGCUUUUGCACCGUCAUGCCAGGAGAGGGUGCUGUUCUAAGAGAGUGUCUGCAUAGCUUUUGCAGAGAAUGUCUCAAAGGAACUGUACUGAAUUGUACAGAUGCUGAAGUGUCAUGCCCUUUUGUAGAUCAGGAGUAUUCCUGUGACUACAAACUUCAAGACAGAGAAAUCAAAUCACUUCUCUCUCAGGAUGAGUAUCAUAAGUUUCUAGAAUUGAGGCUGAGCAUCGCAGAAUCCUGCGCUGAGAACAGCUACCACUGCAAGACGGCCGAUUGUCCCGGCUGGUGCAUCUUCGAAGACGACGUGAAUGAGUUUACGUGUAAUAAUUGCAAUGAGACGAACUGUCUCCUCUGCAAGGCUAUCCACAAGGGAAUGAACUGCAAAGAAUAUCAGGAUGACCUUCAUGUAAGAGCACAGAAUGAUGCUGCAGCCCGACAGACAACAGAGAUGCUUGAGCAACUCCUGAAGAAUGGCGAGGCAAUGGAGUGUCCCAAAUGUAAAGUGAUUGUUCAGAAGAAAGACGGCUGUGACUGGAUCUGUUGUAUGAUGUGUAAGACAGAGAUCUGCUGGGUGACCAAACAGGCUCGAUGGGGACCAAAGGGUGCUGGAGACACAUCGGGUGGUUGCAGAUGUCGAGUCAAUGGAGUCCUCUGCCAUCCACAGUGCCAGAACUGCCACUGAUUGCUUAAUGAUGCUCCUUCUACGUGCAAAAACUAGCGCUACAUCAGCACAACACUUUCUUGAACAGCUUGUGAUUGUUAGGAAGCUUUAAAAUCUUCACUUCCUCUUGUUACAUCACUCUGGCACAUUAAUCAGGAAUUCCUUUCUCGAGAGUGUUCAGGGUAUUUGUGAAUCGAGGACUACACCUUCGAACCAGAUAGGAUGUAAAGUUAACAGGACAUUUACAUUUAGUCAUUGAGCAGACACUUUUAUCCAAAGCGACUUACAAAUGAGGAACGUAGCAAGCAAUUUGCCAUACAAAGUUCAACAACAUCAACAGUGCUGUACUGCCAAGCUCUCAAGGUGGCUGAAGUAGUAUAGGUGCUAGCACAGAAGAGACAGAUUUUUGUGUGUGUGUGUGUGUGUGUGUGUGUGUGUGUACAGUAAGUGCAAGUUAAGUUUGAUAUUAAGUAUAGUUAGGGUGGUUUGGUUAAGUGCUCUUGGAACAGAUGUGUUUUCAGCUGGUUCUUAAAUGUUGAGAUGGUAUCAGCAGAUCGUGUGAAGGCUGGAAGCUCAUUACACCACAGAGGAACAGAGAAAGUGAACGAUCAUGAAACCGCCGCUCGUUCAUAGACCGCAGAGAGCGAGUUGGAGCAUAGACCUGGAGAAGUGAAUUGAAGUAAGAGGGUGCGGUUCCAUUGGUUGUCCUGAAGGCCAGAGUCAAAGCCUUGAAUUGAUACGGGCAGCUACAGGUAACCAGUGGAUUGAAAUCAAGAGUGGGUAACGGUAAAACUGAUUACCGACCAGUGUAUACAAUUGGGUGACAUCAGGAGAACAGGGUUUGAAAAUGAUUGAGAUAUACUAGAACGUGAACAAUUGGAAAUGCUCUAGCUGUGACUUCUGACUGUGCCAAAGUGUUAACAAAAAAAAAUCUGAGGUUAUUUUAAAGUAUACACCACAUUGUUGAAAGAUGCAUUAAACUAAUAAGUCUUAUCAAUCACUACAAUUUCCCUUCAAAAUGUCACUCUGGGACUUGUGAAAUUAUGGAUAAUAUACUAAGAUUUGUGCAUUACCAGAAUAAUGACUAUGAUGUGAAAUUAGUUAUCAGGGCUCUAGAAAACCUUGAUGUCUGUAAAAGGGAUUUUUGUUGUUUUGAAUCCAUAAAUUGAACCAAGAAAAAAUAGGUUAAAUAAGAACAAAUAAGAACAUUUUCUGUCAUCAAGAGGGUCCCACUUAAAUUGUUUACAAUAUCUUAUGAAUGGAGAGUUAAUGUAUAUCAUUU